CUGUUGGCUGGCUCUCUAGUGCUUGACACAGCUUUUCUGUGCACGGCCGCGCAUCUCUGGACGGAACAGUAAGGAGAAAACUCAAAGGACGUGGAGACACACUGGUAGAGAGCGGCUCAGUGGACGUUAUUUACACGUGAAGAGUCACGGAGAGACCAAAAAGUCUCGAUUCUUCUUCGGGACUCGAGCGGACACACAGCCCCCUUGAAGCUGUGGUUGAAAGGGGCGACUUGUUUUGAAGUUUGUUUUGAAUUUCAGACUUUUGACACUGUUACCCAGUCGCACAAACUAAUGUCGUCGGAGUAGUUUAGGAAAGUGACAGCUGCUGAUCACAGUGGGGUCGUCUCGUGUACUGGAAGGACCUCUACACCUCGUGUCUGUGGAGACUCACGUAGGCACAGCGGAGCGUUCCAGGAGGUCUUCUUGAUGCACAAGUGAGAAAAGCAUUGAGUGUUUUUUCUGAACCUCAGCUGCAGUCAGAGAAUACUUUCAUCGGGAGAGAACCCCACAGAGGAAAGUUCGAUCAUCAUCAUCGUCACUGUGCUUGGACUAUGUUGAUGAAGGAGUACCGCAUCUGCAUGCCUCUCACAGUGGAGGAGUACCGGAUCGGCCAGCUGUAUAUGAUCAGCAAACACAGUCAUGAACAGAGUGAACGUGGAGAAGGUGUGGAGGUGGUGCAGAAUGAGCCUUAUGAGGACCCAGAGCACGGAUCGGGCCAGUUCACGGAGAAACGGAUCUACCUUAACAACAAGCUCCCCAGUUGGGCCAGAGCAGUGGUCCCCAAGAUCUUCUAUGUCACAGAGAAGGCUUGGAACUAUUACCCAUACACUAUCACAGAGUACACGUGCUCCUUCCUGCCCAAGUUUUCCAUCCACAUUGAGACCAAAUAUGAGGAUAACAAAGGGAACAAUGAUAAUAUCUUUGGCAGUGAGCCCAGAGAAGAGGAGAUGGAUGUGUGUUUGUUGGACAUCGCUUACGAUGAGAUCCCCGAGCGCCACUACAAGGAGUCGGAGGACCUUCGGUAUUUUAAGUCAAAGAAGACGAACCGAGGGCUUCUGCAGGAAGGAUGGCUCGACACCCAGGACCCCAUCAUGUGCUCCUACAAACUGGUCACUGUCAAAUUUGAAGUCUGGGGCCUGCAAACCCGUGUGGAGCAGUUUGUACACAAGGUGAUCCGAGAUGUGCUGCUUUUAGGACACAGGCAGGCCUUUGCCUGGGUGGAUGAGUGGAUUGACAUGACCAUGGAUGAAGUAAGAGAGUACGAGCGUGCCACGCAGGAAGCCACCAACCUGAAGAUUGGCACUUUCCCCCCUACCAUUUCCAUCUCAGAGAACCCCCUGCCAUCUAGCACCCGCAGCGGACCCAACAGCGCCCCGUCCACUCCCCUCUCCACCGAAGCCCCUGAUUUCCUGUCAGUGCCCAAAGAGCGACCCCGGAAGAAGUCAGCUCCAGAGACUUUGACCCUACCUGAUCCAGGCCGCAGGGAUUCACUCUUCAAGCUUCCAAGCUUUUUCUCCUGGAACUCCAGUCCGCAACCAGAAUGAGAGCGGGGCUAAGCCGCUGUUAAACACCCCUGACCUGCGUAUUAGUGGAGGAUGCCUACCCAGCACAUCCUGCAAUGUUCCCUCAGCCAUCUGAAGAAGAAGUGACUGUCCUGGUGAUCCCAGCCCCUCAGCCGACUCGCCGGCGUUCCAGCAAAGCCAACAGCUCUCAGACUGCCUUUACAGGUACAGCUAGGCAUCCACAGCAAGGCCCGCCAAGUGUAAAGGUGUAGUAAAUCCCAGUGAGAGUCCAACAAAAGCACCUGCAGGCUCCUCAUCCUUCACUUCUCCUUAGAAAACAGCUAGUCUGCACCUUUCAUUAAUCAGUAUGGAGUCCAAUUAGCCUGACUGAGUGUAGCAUACAUUCCUGAAAUCGUUUUAUCCCACAGUGUUUUCAUCCAAGCUCAGGGUGUGUUGGUGAAAAGAUAUCUAGAGACUCAGUGCACAUAAACUUAACAUUUGUUUUCUGCUUUAUCUUUAAACAUCUCUGGCUUUGUUCAUUUAUUUGGUAACUGAAUUAUGUAGUUGGGACUCUUGUUGGCCACUGUAACAGUCGAGUAUUAUGGUUUUCACAGUCUGAUGUAAGGUGAUUGUGUAUUCUUGUAUAUACUGUAUGAAAAAUAUAAAUGUGACUCAAAAAGAAUAUCAUAUCAAGUGAUGAAGCCGCUUUGACAUUUCUGUAAUGUGUUUCAGCAGCCACGAUGUCUUCAUGAAACAGCAUGAUUCUUGACUACCAAGGCUGCCCUUAAAUAUUUAUAAACUGAAUGUUUUCCUUAUCUGAGCCUCAUAUGUGAUGUCGUGUUUUACAGGAGUUUUUACAGACUUGUUCAUGUGGUGUUGUUUUGCUGCUGUAUUGACUUCAUUGUGGUUUUAUUGUGUUCAUUUACUGUCAUACUAUUGAUGGGUUUUGUAUUCAGUAAAUGAAAGUAAAUACGGCUGCAUCCGU